AUGCGUUUCAUCACCAUCGCGAAUAGCAACAGUGGGAAUAACUACGGUGAACUUUGGAAGCGAGUCGUCGUCAGAGCGAAGAACGCGGGGUCGAUGAUGAUGCGCAAUACUACUACUACUACUCCUCGUGGUCUGGGGAAAUCCGCCAACGGUCAUCGGCAUCAUCAGCCUUCGACGACGACGAAAGCGGCGGCUGGUAGCAACGGUGUGGCGCACUCGUCGUCGUCCUCAUUUAGAAUACCACCAGGAAUGAUGAAAUCCGCGCUCACGAGCGCUGGUUUAGGCAUCGUCGGCGAUUGCGUCGCGCAAACUUUGCAACACCAACACCAACGAAAACAACAACACACGAGCAACAGCUUUAGUGAGAAGUACGAUUCCCCGAGAACGGCGAGACAGUCUCUGUUCAACCUGACCUUCUACGGUCCACUCCAACACGUGUGGUACGCGUUCCUGGGAGCAAAAUGGCCCACAGUUUCCGGUUCGUUGGCGUAUGCGAACAUCCGCCCGUUUGCGACGAAAGUCUUCUUGAACCAAGCCGCGCUCGGGCCGGUAGUCGUCGCGUGCUUCUUCGCCUGGUCGCAACUGCUCACGAAUACGUUCACCGCGACGAGUUGGCGAGAAAAAGUGCAAAGAGACGCGUUGCCGACGUUACAAAAAGGCUGGGCGUUUUGGGUGCCCGCGAGCUGCGUGAACUUUGCACUCGUUCCCGUGAAUAGGCAGGUUUUGUACAUGUCUUGCUGUUCCGUCGUGUGGAACUGCAUAUUGAGCCAAGCCGGGAACACGACGAAAGAAGAAACCCGCGACGCUUCAAAGAAGACGAAGACGAAGAAGAAAUAA